AUGGCGGUUACAGUUCUUGGCUCCAUCUUCCGUCUCUCUCCCGUAUCGUCUUCCUCAAGAGAAUCAUUUCGCAACGCUGAUUUCUCCCCUUCGAAACAGAACUCCGCCUCCAAGAAUCGAAUCACGGCGAUCAAAUCCGUUGAAUCUACCAAUCCCGGAGGUCUUAAAAGAAUACAGAGAAACAAAGACGAUGCGGCGGUGGAGAAGGUCCAGGUGGUGGAGAAUCCGUAUUCGAGAGUGGAGGCGGCGCUUCCGGAUUUGCGGAAGAGCUUGUCGGACUUUUUGGAGGAAGCGAGAGAUUUCGUCGGAGAUGAAGGUCCGCCUCGUUGGUUCUCUCCAUUAGAGUGUCGCGCUCAGGCUCCAGGCUCUCCUCUUCUCCUUUUUUUACCUGGGAUCGAUGGUACUGGACUCGGCCUCAUUCGCCAUCACAAGAAGCUCGGAGAGAUAUUUGAUAUAUGGUGCCUUCACAUUCCAGUCACUGAUCGUACUCCUGCUAAAGACUUGGUGAAGCUUAUUGAGAGGACAGUUAAGUCGGAGAACUCUCGUUUCCCGAACAGACCAAUAUAUCUAGUUGGAGAGUCUAUUGGAGCAUGUCUUGCUUUAGAUGUCGCAGCUAGGAAUCCCAACAUCGAUCUUGCUCUCAUCUUGGCUAAUCCAGCCACGCAUGUCAACGACUUCAUGUCGCAACCAUUAUCAGGAAUGCUGAAUGUUUUACCAGAUGGCAUUCCCACACUACUGGAAGAAGUAUUUGGUUUCAAGCAAGGCGAUCCAUUGACUGCAAUGUUAGACGCUUUGUCAAAUGAAUUUGCUGUCCAUCAUAUCGGUGGAAGGAUGAUUAGAGAUCUCUUUGCAGUUUCAGCUAAUCUUCCUACUUUGAGUCGGAUGUUCCCUAAGGACGCACUGCUUUGGAAGCUGGAACUGCUCAAGUCUGCUAUUGCAUCUGCAAAUUCUCACAUAUACGCGGUCAGAGCUGAAACAAUGAUACUUUUGAGUGGACGCGACCAAUGUUUUCUGAACGAGGAAGACAUUGACAGAUUCUCGCGCACAUUGCCAAAAUGUAAUGUCCGUAAGCUUAAAGACAAUGGACAGUUUCUCUUUUUCGAGGACGGCGUAGAUCUGGUUACCAUCAUCAAGAGUUGUUGUUUUUACCGCCGUGGGAAGUCUCAUGAUUACCUUUCCGAUUACAUUAUGCCUACCCCAUUUGAGCUAAAACAACAAAUAGACGACCACAGGUUUCUAAUAGAUGCUACUUCCCCUGUAAUGCUGUCAACUCUAGAAAACGGCGAGCUUGUUAGGAGCCUUGAAGGGUUACCAUCAGAGGGACCUGUUCUGUAUGUUGGUUAUCAUAUGCUGUUGGGAUUUGAGUUGGCUCCAAUGGUGACUCAACUCUUGAGAGAGAGAAACAUCCACUUGCGCGGUUUGGCACAUCCGAUGAUGUUUACCAACUAUAAAGAUCCGUUAGUAGAUUUACAGAUAUUUGACAAAUAUAAGAUAAUGGGUGGAGUUCCAGUCACCAACUUAAACAUCUACAAACUUCUUCGCUCAAAGUCUCAUGUGCUUCUGUAUCCUGGUGGUGUCCGUGAAGCUUUGCAUAGAAAGGGUGAAGAGUACAAGUUGUUUUGGCCAGAGCAACCCGAGUUUGUGAGAGUUGCAUCUAAAUUUGGAGCUAAAAUCGUUCCUUUUGGUGUUCUUGGAGAAGAUGACAUCUGCGAUAUUGUCCUGGAUGCAAAUGAUCAAAAGAACAUCCCUAUCCUCAAGGAUUUAAUGGAAAAGGCAACACAGCAAGCUGGAAACUUAAGGGAAGGUGACGAGAGCGAAUUAGGAAACCAAGAUUGUUAUUUCCCAGGAAUUGUACCUAAGAUUCCAGGACGGUUCUACUAUUACUUUGGAAAACCAAUUGAAACAGCUGGUAAGGAGCAAGAGCUAAAAGACAAAGACAAGGCUCAGGAGCUUUACUUGCAAGUCAAGUCUGAGGUCGAACAGUGCAUUGCCUAUUUGAAAUUGAAAAGAGAGAGUGAUCCCUACAGACACUUGUUGCCAAGGAUGUUGUAUCAGGCCUCACAUGGUUUCUCUUCUGAAAUUCCGACGUUCGAUCUCUAA